GAGAGUGGUGUGUAGGUCUGUGCCAGGGAUCCAAACCCAAGAACCUGGGCACCCAAGUGGAGCGAGCCAGGCUUAACCACUGUGCUGUGGGGCCAGCCCCAGGCUGAGAGAGUUUUUGUUGGGUGUGUGGUUGUGAAACUGAGAGAUUUAGUUGCCUCAUCUGUAGAAUGAGGAUAAUAAUAACAACCACCUGGCAGAAGUGCAGCGAGGGAGACACCAGCCCAAAUCACUUAACGCGUGAAGACCAGAGCUGUGGGCAGGCUUGAGGGAGCAGUCAGAGGUGGCUGAGCCUGAAGUUUCCAGCCUGGUGAUGUAAUUCGCGACACAUUUAUGUUUGGGGUGGACAGAAAAACAGAGAGGGGGAGAUGGUGGAGCUGUUGCAUCCGUCCAGGGGCUGACUUGUUUAGGUCCAAGUUAUUCUCUUCACGUUUCUCAGUGGACUAAAAUCUUUUCUGAGUUUGGACAAAGCUGAGUAGUCAGUGUGCUGCUGAAGCAACUCCUUUGCAAAUGAGCUCAACUAGGGUUUGUUCAGUGUUUACUAUGUGCCGGGCGUUGCAUCAGGGCUGGUGUGCAGAAGUGAACAGGACACACAGUGCCUCCUCUUGAGUCCACAGACAUUCCACAGAUGAACACACACCAGGACUGUGGUCGACAACACAGUGCCACCAAAACCCCAACCAGCAUGUGUAUGGGGCACACAAUGGGGAUCAGGAGGUCAGUGAGGCCCCCCGAGGAAGGUUACUUUAGGUGAGACCUGAAUGGCGAGGAGUUUGGCCGAGGAGAGAGAGAGCAGGAGCAUCAGUGGCUUGUGAGGAGGCCCGAGGCUGGGAAAGCUCAGUGAACUGGAGGAACUCACCUGAGGCCAGUGCUGGGACAGGAACGGGAUGAGGUCAGAGAGGAAGCUGGAGGCCUGGGAGCCACUGAGAAGAAGUUUAAGCCGAGGAAUCCCUUGAAAGGGUGAGGCAGAGAGUUGACAUUAGCAGACUUGAGAGGAUCCUGACCUUGGAAGGAAAAUGAACAGGAGGAGAUGAGGUUGGAGGUGAUGCAGGACAUCCAUGAGGAGGCCAUGCUUGGGCCAGGUGAGACAUGAGGGUGGCUUGGAACUAGGUGCUGGCUGUGGAUAUGGAUUUGAGAAAAAUCUUGAACCUUUUGGUAGAUUGGAAGUAGACUGAGUGGGAGAGGAGAAUGACCCUCGAGUUGUUGCCAGAUAUGACUGGGUGAACAGAGGUGCCCUUUACUGAGAUGAAGAAGUCACAGGAAGUGAGGGGCUGGAGAGGAAGACCCAGUCUCUGUGGUUUUCCUUUGGAGACUGUAGAAUCAGGCCUUUCCUGGUGUACAUGGCAGCCUGGCAGAGAGGGGGUCUGAAUGGCUGUACCCAGGCCAUGGGGGAUAUUAGAACAUUAGCAACCUGCAGGGCACUGUCCAUUCAGUGUGGGCAGGGCCUGGGUCCUGGUGCUGAACUGAAAGCUCUUGAUGUCUAGUGUUAACCCCUCAGUUGCCAGUUUGUGGGGAGCUCGUGGGUCAUCUGUUGAUGAAGAAAAGAAAAGCAGCUACACUAGGGGCCGUGGUCCUGUGUGAUUUAUCAACUGACAUGGAAUCAUUUCAGUACUGAACAGCCAGUACAGCCAGACCUAUACUUAGGACUAGGUAUUAGUCUUGGCUGUAACACCCAUAGUCCCUACAUCCGUGGUUUGGAAGCUAGCCCACCUGGAGUGUAGCAGUUGUUCAACAAAUGGUUACUGAGUCUGCGUCUCUCUCUGGCCACCCGCAGGGUUGUUUCAGUGUAUCUGUACCUACCCUCUUUUUGCUGCUCUGAUCAUGCUGUUUCCUUCUUGAUAACUGGGGUGCGCUGUCCACAGGGCAGAGCAGAGUCUGCUUGGAUUGCUUUUUGCAAGGUUUCACUUUCAAGUGGUGGAAGGAGACAGAGAAGGGUGGACUCUUCUGUCUGGGGGCGCUUAGCGGGGGCCCCAGGGCCUGGUCUCUAUAGACAUCCCUGCAACCUUUGCCAGGCUCUGCUUUUCCCUGCUCUCCUGGGAACCACCUGCUUCUCAGACAUGAGGAACCUGUGGCACCCAGCAUUGGAUCUGGAAGCAGGGUUUGGGGCUCUGAGCAGCUAAUUGCAGGUGCAAACUUUGGGGGCAGAGUUGGGGUCUGCUGGGGUCCCUGAACCAUGUCAAGCUGCUGAUUUAAAGAUGCUCCAGAAGUCUCAGCCUUUCAAAGCAGAUGAGGAAACUGAGGCUGGGAAGGUCAAGAAACUUGCCUAAGGCAGUAGCACAGAGAGUGGCCACGUCCGGAGGAGAACUCAGCAGUCAGCCCCAGAAUCUGUCCUUCCCAGAACCAUAGGCUGUCUCACUUCUCCAAAGCCCCAGUACUCUGGGCUGGCCCUGCCUCCUGACCUCUCUCCCCAGCUCUAAGGAAAUGGAGGAUUGCUUCAGCCACUCUGUGCUCUGCCAUCUCACCUCCCUGCUUCUCAUCCAGCUGCUCACCGGGGGGUCCGCAGAGGAGUUCUUCGUGAUUGGCCCCUCAGACCCCAUUGUGGCAACGCUAGGCGGGGACAUCACACUGCCCUGUCGUGUGUCCCCAACCAUGAGUGUGGAGAACAUGGAGCUGAGGUGGUUCCGCUCCAAGUUCUCAGAAGUUGUGUUCGUCUAUCAAAACCAGCGGGAGCAGAACGAGGAGCAGAUGGCCCAGUAUGCAGGGCGGACCUCGCUGGUGAGGGACCUCCUCACCCAGGGGGAGGCUGCAGUGCAAAUCCACAAGGUCCAGGCUUCUGACAAUGGGCUAUAUACCUGCUUCUUCAGAAAGGGAGGCUUCUAUGAAGAGGCCAGUUUGGAACUGAAGGUGGCAGGUGUGGGCUCUGCCCCUCAGGUGUACAUCAAAGGGCUGGAGGAGGAUGGCAUCCGCGUGGUGUGCAUGGCCUCAGGGUGGUUCCCAAAGCCCCAGGUGCAAUGGAGGGACCUCAGUGGAGAGAAGUUCCUGGCAUUCUCUGAGGCCCAUGCCCAAGAUGAGGAAGGGCUGUUCAGUGUGGAAGCCUCUCUGGUGGUGAGAGACAGCUCUGCGGGGAAUGUGACCUGCUCCAUCCUUAACCCUAUCCUGGGCCAGGAGAAGGCGAUGGCCAUUUUCAUCCCAGAGCCCUUCUUCCCCCAGGCCUCUCCGUGGAAGCUGGCUUUUAUGGUGAGCCUGACUGUGCUGGUGCUCCUACUCCUUGGGGCUGGCUACUGCACCAAGAGAGAACGUUCUGCAAAGUUUCAGGAGAUGCAGAAACAGGAUGAUCUGCGCCAGGCUAAGAAAGAAGACUGUCAGACAAAGGAGGAGGCACUGAAGGCCAUAGAUGAACUCCAGGCAGAUCUCAGUUGGAGGAAAUCAGUUUACCUGGCUGCCUGGAGGAAGGCCCAGCUGUAUGCGGAUUGGCGGAAGGAGAAGUUCCAGGCUUGGUCUGUCACUCUGGAUCCAGGCUCUGCCCAUCCCAGCCUUGCCGUCUCUCAUGAAAAGAUGAGUCUGACCUGGAAGGACACCUGUGUGGACUCAGAAGGCAGCUGCAGUAUCUUGGGCCUUGAGGGCAUCACAUCAGGGCGCUGUUACUGGGAGGUGGUGGUCAGGAGUGGAGACAGAAGCGAGUGGGCUCUGGGGGUCUGUAGCAAAGAUGUGAAAAGAAAGGGCUGGUACAGAGAGUGCCCAGAGAAGGGGUUCUGGAUUGUGGGGCAUUAUGAAAAGAAUUAUUGUGCCUGUACUAUCCCUCAGACUUUGCUAUUUCUUAGGCAAGUUCCCCACAGGGUGGGGGUUUUCGUGGACUACAAUGAAGGGGAUGUCUCCUUCUAUAACAUGACUGAUGGCUCCCACAUUUUCUCCUUCCCUCAGGCUUCUUUCUCUGGGAUGCUCUUUCCAUACUUCACGCUUAAGUCAGGAGAUGUGUCCCUGACCAUCUGCCCCAUGGUGGGUGGGCCUGAGGGGUUCCCUGUGCCCCUUAACAGUUCUCCUUCUGUGGAAGAGCCUGUGAGCCUCCCAGGGGAGGGGUUCAGCUCAGGCUCUGGUGUUGAUAGUGCUCCUCUAGGGGUUGAAUCUCCGUUACUCCCCUGAAACCUUGAGGCUGUGUCCAUAUAGGGCCCCAUCACUGUCCCAGAGCCCUCACCAUGGCUCUUCUGAGAGCUGCGGACUCCCUGUGGCAAAGGCCUCUGAGGUGAGUUCUGGAUGGCUAGGAGCCUUGUCCUCCUGCUAUAGAUGCAGAUUGCUGGGGAUGUGAUUAUGAGAAUAGUUAGUUCAUGCCUUGUGCUCAGGUAGCAGAUUAUAAAAGUGGACUGAGCUGGUUUGGGGUAGGCUGAAUUUUACUAUGUGAAGUUGUUUUUUUCCAAUAAUAAAAAAUAUUUCAUAAGAUC